AAAUGCUCAUGUUGUUUGCGCGACCAGGUGAGCUUCACUCUCGCUGUGGAUCGGGCCAAACAUGGGCAAACUUCAGGAGUUUGAGAUCACGUUUGACAAAAACAAAGUGGUGUACACUCCGGGUGAGUCUAUCUCUGGAACCGUGAGAUUCAAACUGGGACAGCCGCUGCAGUGUAAAGCAAUCAAAGUGAACUGCAAUGGUUUCUGUGGCAUCACCAGUAAGAUAAAUGAGACGGCAUGGUCUGAGGAGGAGCAGUACUUCAACAGUACCAUCUCUGUUGCAGACAAAGGAACCCUGAUACAGGGAGUGCAAACCUAUCCCUUCAAGUUUCUCAUACCAGCCUCUGCUCCGACAUCUUUUGAAGGCAACUAUGGUAAGAUCAUUUACAGAGUGAGAGCUUUCAUCGACACACCACGAUUCGCCAAGGACUACAGCACAGAGAAACCUUUCUACCUGCUAAGCCUUCUAAACCUGAAUGAAGUGCCAGACAUAUGGGGAAAAUGUUCAUCUGCAGUGACGCAGCAGUUCACCUACAUGCUGAUGAAAACCGGCACAGUGGACAUGAAGGCCCAGACAGACAUGAAGGGUUACACACCAGGCCAGGUCAUCCAGGUGUUGACCAACAUCCACAACCAGUCUGGAAAGGCCACAGGCAACAUGGCGGCCAGCCUGAUGCAGAGAGUGACCUAUGAGACGAAGAGGCCCACCUAUGACGUGAGGACGAUAGCAGAGGUGGAGGGUGGUGUGGUGAAGGCUGGCAAGGAGGUGGAGUGGAAGGAGCAGAUCAUCGUUCCUCCUCUUCCUCAGUCCUCCCUCGCUGGCUGUGAACUUAUAAAGAUCGAAUAUUAUGUCAAAGUCGGUUUAAAGUCUCCAGAUGUCAUGCUGACGUUACCCAUCCACAUCGGGAACGUCUCCCUAGACAAAAAACUGCAGCCUUGCAAUAAAGCAGCCACUCCCUCCUCUGCCAAAGCUGAAGACACGCCAGCAUUGGCCUCUACGCCUGACACCGUCAUCGCCACCACCCCCAACGUGGCCCCUCGCCCUGCCCCAAAACCCGCUCCCCGCCCCAGCGCUCGCUCCAGGAUGUCCUCGCUUAAUUCCCCCAGCGCUCCUCCCGCUGACUACCACCAGGGAGCAGAGGGUGGGACACCGAUAAACGAUGGCUUCCCCAACAAGCGCCAGUCUCAGCUGGUGUCACCCCACGCUUUCAGCUAUGCUCCCGGCCUCUUUUUUCCCCACAAUCAGCAGCCCAAUGGGCCCAGCACUGCACCCAGUGGGCCUAUGUUCAGUGGGUCCACAGGGGCCACAGCACCUUACCCCCCUGAGAAUGGCGCUGGCUCAAUGCCGACACCACUCAUCCUGCCUCCGGACUACGGCACUUCAGCAUAUCCACAAGAGGCACCUCCUUCUUAUGAUGCGAGCUGCAACACAUGAAGUGGAUAAGGAACCAGCAACCUUGCACCAGAAUGGCGAUCAGUUCACUCUGAUUUUUUUUUUUUUAAAUGUUGUCCUGCCAUUUAAAAAAUAAAUAAAUAAAAGGUUGUAACUUACUUGGACAAAAUGAUUGCAAGAAACAGGAAACCUAAUGUUACCUGGUAUCAUGAAGGUGUUUUAUCUUUUCAUAAUGUAACUGCUGCCCAGUGAAGUACCCUCACUAAUCUAAUGGGGGUUAUUCUCUCCUUUUAAACAAGUCCAUAGCUGUCCUUUAUUUUUAUUUUUAUUUUUGGUACUAAGUGAAAGGAAAGACGAGGGGAAUUGCAUAAUUUAAUUUGCUGUUCUUUGUACGGUAAGAGGAGUCAUGUUCUUAGUUGUGGGUUAUUUAGAAAUCCCUCAGAUGGCAUCUGUGAUGUCAAGGUGGAACGUUUUAUGUAUGAAAGCCUGAGCAAAACAAACCCAUCUCAUCUGGUAUUUUGUCUAAUAUCCUCAUUUCUUCAGAAGCCAAAUAAAAAAAUUAUGGAUUUUUUUUUUUUAUUAUUAUUGGAAACUGGUGAAAUCAACUUUAUUCUUCUGGCAAAUUUUUCAUUUAGUUUGAAAUUUAAGACUGGAUCAAACACUUUGUUUAGAAAGAUUUAGAAAGAUGUUGAUUUAUGAUAAUGAACAAUCCCGAUAUUGCUGUUGCAAGUUGUCUACAUACAGCUUUUUAUAUAAUGCUAAUAAGAUUAGCCUCUUAUGAUUUCUUCCCUGUUAUCAUUUGCGACAUUCAUGUUCUUGAACUGUGUUAAAAUUACUAUUAUGUUGAUUUCCUUCGAGACAUGGUGUUUAGUGUGUUCCCUGCCCUGCUGAAUGUCUGUUGGUUCUGUAUAUGCCAGACAUCCCUUCUCCGUCUCAUUUAUUAUAUUACAACAGUUGUACAAUAAUGCAAGAGCAUUGUGAUUUUAAGUUGUCUUUGGUCCUUCCUGAUGUCGUUUUGCAUCCUCUAUCUUAAUCGGAGAAUUUUGUGAAUAAGUUUUAAAUUUUUAUGUUUUUUAAGAAAUAUUGUUUGGGACAUUUUCAUCUUUAUUUCACCUAGUAGAGAGAGAGAGAGAAGGGUAUGACAUGCAACAAAGGUCCCAAGGCCAGAAUCGAGCCCCGGGCGUGGUUAUUUGGCAUGUGCUGUAACCAAUCAAAUGCCAUGGCUACCAUUUAAUAUGUAUAUACAUAUUUAUUGUUUUGAGUGUUUCCACCUGUUGUCAAGAUUUUAAUAAAUGUGUUAAAACCA